UAAAAUAUUUUCCCGCCUCUGUAGAAAAAAUGGAGGGGAAGAAAGAGGAAGGGGAAAAAAAGAAAGAGAAAAAAAAAUGUGCGGGAGAGGUCGGUGCACCCUGAACGCUCACCAAGUCGCCCAAGCCUGCGGCCUCAGCCCCCUCGACGCCUCCUCAGUCCCCACUCAACAUCUCGAUCGGUACCGGCCCUCUUACAACGUUGCGCCAGGAGCUUAUCUCCCAGUCUUUCGGCUUCAGAGAUCACCGGCGACGUCCUCCUGUGUAGGGGAGGCGGCGCCGGCGCCGGCGCCGGGGCCCGUCGUUCACUGCAUGAAGUGGGGCCUCGUUCCGAGCUUCACCAAGAAGAUGGAGAAGCCCGAUCACUAUCGAAUGUUCAAUGCUAGGUCUGAAUCGGUUCGGGAGAAAGCGUCUUUCCGGCGGCUCCUUCCGAAGAACAGGUGUCUAGUGGCAGUCGAAGGAUUCUAUGAAUGGAAAAAAGAUGGAUCAAAGAAGCAGCCAUAUUAUAUUCAUUUUAAAGACAACCGGCCUCUUGUGUUUGCUGCUCUAUAUGAUUCUUGGGAAAAUUCAGAAGGAGAGGUUCUUCACACCUUCACAAUUCUUACAACUCGUUCUUCUUCAGCUUUGGAAUGGCUUCAUGGUAGUUCAUUAUUUUGUUUACUUUUUCUGUUUGAAAUUUAGUAACUUCAAACAAUUUAUUACAUGUUAGUUUUAAUGGUCACCAUACGUAACUAAAAGUAGUGAAGUUUCUAAACUCAGUAUGAUUACUGAAAUA